AUGCAAACUACCGUCUCUGACAUGAACAUAGGAUCUCUAGUAAAUGGCUCAAUCUUAAAUUCCGAUAUAAGUAAAAGACUUCAUAGUAGAAAAGAGCAAGAGAAUGUUUAUAUUAACACCAUGUCCAUUGAAAACCAAAUAAAAAAAGUGUAUCCAGGCGAUUUUAAUCCAGAACUAUGUAUUAUUCCAAAAGUACUCAAUACAACAAUUCAUCCACUUGUAUCUUCUUUCUUCGGUUUAGGAAACGACCGUAUUAUUACCAGAUAUACAAAGUUAAAUCCUCAAGUUGAU